UGAAUAGUGACGCCCAGUCUCUCAUAGUCAGAUAACAUCAGUCCCAGUUUUCACCUUCUUUCGUAUGAGAUGGCCAAUCCACUCUGCCCUCCCCUCCCCCGCUCGCCACUUCCGUUCCCUUCUACGAGCCUGCGCUCGACACUCCUCUCUCGACGCCGGCAAGAAACUCCACGCCAAUGUCAUCACCACCGGCCUGGCCGCCUCCCCAGACUCCUUCCUCCACAACGCCCUCCUUCAUUUGUACGCUGCUUGCGGCAACUCAUGCUAUGCACGCAAACUGUUCGUUGAAAUUCCGCAUUCGCACAAAGACACUGUAGACUGGACCGCCUUAAUGGGCUGCUAUGCUCGACAUGGUUUGCCCAGAACUGCGCUACUUUUGUUUGCCGAAAUGGGGAAAGAGGGAGUGAAGGUCGAUGACUUGGCCGUGGUUUGUAUGUUCAACGCGUGUGCACGGUUGGCGGACGAUUUGUUUGGGGUGCAAGGGCAUGGUUGUGCGGUGAAGUUGGGAUUGGGUGCUAGUGUGAAGGCGUGCAAUGCGGUAAUGGAUAUGUACGUGAAGUGCGGGAUGUUGGGUGAGGCGAGGCGGGUUUUUGAAGAGAUGGAGGAACGGAGUGUCGUGUCAUGGACGGUGAUUUUGGAUGGGGUGGUUAAAUGUGAAGGUGUGGGAAGUGGGAGGGUGGUGUUUAAUCGGAUGCCGGAUAAGAAUGAGGUUGCGUGGACUAUAAUGAUAGUAGGUUAUGUGGAGAGUGGGUUUAUCCGAGAAGGUCUUCUGCUUCUAGGUGAGAUGGUUUUUAAUUGUGGUUUGGAGUUGAAUUAUAUUACCCUUUGUUCAGUUUUAUCAGCAUGUGCACAGUCCGGUGAUGUGAUGAUGGGUAGGUGGAUUCAUGUUUAUGCUCUGAAGAUGAUGGGAAAGGAGAUGGAUAUUAUGGUGGGCACAACAUUGGUAGAUAUGUAUGCAAAAUGUGGUAGGGUUGACAGUGCGUAUAAAGUUUUUAAGUGUAUGCCACGAAGAAAUGUGGUGGCUUGGAAUGCUAUGCUUGGCGGUUUAGCGAUGCAUGGGCGUUGUGAAGUUGUUUUGGAUAUAUUUCCUCAUAUGGUCAAAGAAGCCAGGCCAGAUGAUUUAACCUUCAUGGCUGUGUUAAGUGCCUGCAGCCACAAAGGUCUAGUUGAUGAGGGUUUCCAAUACUUCCAUGACCUUGAAUCUGUGUACGGCAUUACACCUAAGCUGGAACAUUAUGCUUGCAUGGUGGACCUUCUCAGUCGGGCUGGUCGUUUCGAAGAAGCUGAGAUCAUAAUAAAGAAGAUGCCAAUGCCUCCAAAUGAGAUGGUUCUUGGAUCUCUUUUGGGUUCCUGCGGUGUUCAUGGAAAUGUACAGCUGGGUGAACGCAUUCUGCAAGAGCUGCUUCAAAUUGAUCCCUGCAACACGGAAUAUCAUAUUCUUCUUUCCAAUAUGUAUGCCUUGGCUGGCAAGCAGGACAAGGCUAAUUCCCUUAGGCAGAUUCUUAAGGAUAGGGGUGUUAGAAAGGUGCCCGGAAUGAGUUCAAUUCAUGUUAGUGGCCAAGUUCAUCAGUUCUGUGCUGGAGAUAAGUCACAUCCCCAAACCACAGAGAUUUAUAGCAUGUUGGAUGAGAUGAUUAGAAAGUUGAGAUUGGCUGGUUAUACCCCAAAUACUGCUUGCCAAGUUUCUUCUGGUUGUGAUGGUAGGGAGGGUAACGCGGAUGAACUGGAGGAGAUAGAGCAGGCCUUGUUCUGUCACAGUGAGAAGCUGGCAGUUUGUUUUGGGCUUAUAAGCACAAGACCUGGUUCACCUCUUUAUAUUUUCAAGAACCUACGUAUAUGCCAAGACUGUCAUUCUGCUAUUAAGAUAGUUUCGGAUAUAUACAAUCGAGAAAUUGUUGUCAGGGAUCGCAACCGUUUUCAUUGUUUUAAGCAGGGUUUUUGUUCUUGUUCUGAUUAUUGGUGAUCAUAACUACAGUGUGCUGAUGAUUGAACAGAAAUAGUUUAUGUCUUAUUCAUUAGCUGCUGCUCUACUUGUACCUUCUGAUUUAUUGGGAAGAUUGCACUGGAGGCUCAUGAGUAUAAUUGUAUAAAGCUUUUUCAUUGGAGGCCCAUAAUUGUAAGCUACAUUUUGAUAUCCUUUUGGUAUCAGAUUUGUAUGUGACAGUUUUCUGAGUCCUUUCAAUUUAACUA